AAGGAUUAUAACGAUAUUGUUGCGUUAUAUUCGUGUACAAUUUUGCUCUUUCCUUUUAAAAUUUCGUAAGAAAAAUCGAGAUGGAAGAAUACGCACGUGAUCCUUGUCCAUGGCGUAUAGUAGACGACUGUGGUGGAGCAUUUUCCAUGGGACUGUUGGGUGGUUCAGUGUUUCAUGGCAUCUCAGGGUUUAGAAAUGCACCUAGUGGAAACUACAGACGUUUAUAUGGUUCAAUAACAAAUAUUAAAGCCAAGGCACCAAUAACUGGAGGUAACUUUGCUGUUUGGGGAGGUUUAUUUUCAGCAAUAGAUUGUUCAUUAGUGUAUAUGAGAAAAAAAGAAGACCCAUGGAACUCAAUAACUAGUGGUGCCUUAACAGGAGCUAUUUUAUCUAUAAGAAAGGGUAAAGCAGCGAUGAUAGGGUCAGCUGUGGUAGGUGGAGUGUUAUUAGCAAUGAUAGAAGGUAUUGGUAUCCUCAUUACAAGAUAUACAGCAGAACAAUUUAAUCCAGCUAAUGCAGUUAUGGAAGAUCCAUCUCAACUUCCUCCAAAGCCAUUUGGUUUUGGUACACCAGGACAAGCACAAGGAAGCUAUCAAUGACAGGGAGCUAACUCUAGUGAUUCUGGGAUUUAGUAAUUAUUGAUUACCUCUCUUGACAUUAUGAUGGAAUGCUGUGGGCAUCUGACUGCUUGUGUGAAGCCACUGCCAGAAAAUGAGCACAGAUCUUCUCAUAACAAACACUGAAAGAUUGAAAUAAGUCUUUGACAUGGAAAAGUAUAUGUGAUAUGACAGAAUUCUCUGUUCAGAUUUGUGUUAUAAAUAUUAGUAAAAUGACUUAUUUUAUUAAGAAUUCAAAAUUAAAAACAUAUUGUGAGUCACUAGAGUAAAAGCAUUCCAAAGAAUGUUCCUUUAGCAUAACUUCUGUUUCAAGGGUCACGCUAAAUGGUGGUCAGAUAUGAUCAACAUAGGAUGGUUACCCCAACAUCCAUGACGUUGGCUGAACACAAAAUGGCUGAAAACUUAGAAGCAGUUUUUGAGCCAUACGUUUUAAGAAUUGGAAAAAAUCAUUUUCUUCUAAUUUAGUUAGUCUGAAUCCUGUAAAAAAAAAUUGUGAUCUGAUUUGGUAAAAACAAUUUUGUUUUGGAGGAUAAAUAUUCAUAGUUUUCACACAAGGUUAACACUUGACACUAAUUUUGAUUUUGUACAUUGUACUUAAAUGCUGUUUACAUUUUAUAUAUAUCAGAUGUUAUAUUUAAAACAAAUAUUUCUUGUCUAAAAUACCUUGGAAAGGUCUCGUUUGUCAAUAAAGAUGAUACUUAUUGCUUGUAUGAGAUGUUGAGCUGGGAGGUUAUAUUUUCAUUCAUCAUUUUAUUUCAUCCAAACAUUUCACAUAGUGUUGUUAAUGUAUCAUGAGAGAUUUUUGAAAAAAAUGAUUAUAUGUACGUAUGAUAUUUUUAGCUUUGCUAUGUUUUGUAAUGGUUUUGUGUCAUUUUAUUGAGUCGGUACUUAAGAAAAGCACAUUGAAUUGUAAUGAACACUGGAUCCUCAUCACUUCCAUAAAAUAUUCACUUUUGAGUGGGAUUUUUGAACAGAUCUUCAUGACUUUAAAACACUAGUGAAUUGGGAAGUAUUAUGCAAUUAUGUGGUGGGCAUCCAUGAAAGUUGUCUGUUUUCUAUCUUGAGCAGUUCCAAUCUGUUGUCACCAAACUUGGUGAAUGUUUAGAGCUCUUGUUGUCUAAAUUUAAAUUUUCUUCUUGAUUUAGUUUCAUAUAUUAACAGUCUUUAGGAGAGCGUUAUUUUCAGUCAGUUUGCUGUCAGAGCUGAUAAUUAUACUGUUGAAUUGAGAAUUUCUACUUGACUGCAGUUCUGUUUCAUAUACAAGUAGAGAAUCGUUAAAACUUUUUUGUCGUAGUGAGUUCGAAAUAAAGGUAAGGGAUAGGUAAGAAUGAUUGUCAAUUUCUCUAUGUUUUCUCGUUUGCUUUCUGAUAUUCUUGUGUCGUUUACGUAUGUCAGAAACAAAACUUUCCAUAUUAAUCUGAAAAUGCCAAAAUUGGGAAUUGCAAGACAAGAAUACGCAUCUAAGCAGAAAUUGUAGGCUGUCAUUACUUGUUGAAAAGGGGUUUUUCGAGGGAUCGAUUUGACUUUUUAGUUACUUUUUUUCUAAUCGGACUGUAGUUGAUUGCAUAAAAUCAGUUUCUACAUGUAAAUUAGAACUGUUAGUGAUAUGACUGUAAGUGUGUGGUAUAUUGUAAUGAAUACUUGGUUAUUAUUUGUUGAAUCUUUAAAUAAAGCUGGAAAACACUA